GUGGAGAGAGAACGAGGCUGUCGGCCAUUUUGUGUCUGUUUCCUGCGGGACGCGGUGGUGGCGGUUGGUUCCGAGAAGUCGGCGAUUUUCUUCUGGUGUCCCCCCCCCCCCCCAGCUUCUUCUCGCCUCCUUCCUACCUGUUCUGUAGAGAGCAGCGAUGGGUCGCAAGAAGAAGAAGCAGUUGAAGCCGUGGUGCUGGUAUUGUAACAGAGAUUUUGAUGAUGAGAAGAUCCUUAUACAGCACCAAAAAGCAAAGCAUUUUAAAUGUCAUAUAUGCCAUAAGAAAUUGUACACAGGACCUGGAUUAGCUAUUCAUUGCAUGCAGGUGCAUAAAGAAACCAUAGAUGCUGUACCAAAUGCAAUACCUGGGAGAACAGAUAUAGAGUUGGAAAUAUACGGCAUGGAAGGUAUUCCAGAGAAAGAUAUGGAUGAAAGACGGCGACUUCUUGAACAGAAAACACAGGAGAGUCAAAAAAAAAAGCAACAAGAUGAUUCUGAUGAAUAUGAUGAUGACGAAUCUGCAGCCUCAACUUCCUUUCAGCCGCAGCCUGUUCAACCUCAGCAAGGUUAUAUCCCACCGAUGGCCCAGCCAGGACUUCCACCAGUUCCAGGGGCACCAGGAAUGCCUCCAGGCAUACCUCCAUUGAUGCCAGGUGUUCCUCCCCUGAUGCCAGGCAUGCCUCCAGUUAUGCCAGGCAUGCCACCUGGAUUGCAUCAUCAGAGAAAAUACACCCAGUCAUUUUGCGGUGAAAACAUAAUGAUGCCAAUGGGUGGAAUGAUGCCACCUGGACCUGGAAUUCCACCUCUGAUGCCUGGUAUGCCACCAGGUAUGCCCCCUCCUGUUCCACGUCCUGGAAUUCCUCCAAUGACUCAAGCACAGGCUGUUUCAGCACCAGGUAUUCUUAAUAGACCACCUGCACCAACAGCAGCAGUACCCGCUCCACAGCCUCCAGUAACUAAGCCUCUUUUCCCCAGUGCAGGACAGAUGGGGACACCUGUAACAAGCUCAAGUACAGCUUCAUCCAAUUCAGAAAGUCUGUCUGCAUCUUCUAAAGCUCUGUUUCCUAGCACAGCACAAGCUCAGGCAGCUGUCCAAGGACCUGUUGGUACAGAUUUUAAGCCCUUAAACAGUACUCCUGCUACAACUACAGAACCCCCAAAGCCUACAUUCCCAGCUUAUACACAGUCAACAGCUUCAACCACUAGUACAACAAACAGUACUGCAGCAAAACCAGCAGCUUCAAUUACAAGUAAGCCUGCUACACUUACAACCACCAGUGCAACCAGUAAGUUGAUCCAUCCAGAUGAGGAUAUAUCACUGGAAGAAAGAAGGGCACAGUUACCUAAAUAUCAGCGUAAUCUUCCGCGACCAGGACAGACUCCACUUGGUAAUCCACCAGUUGGACCAAUUGGGGGUAUGAUGCCACCACAGCCAGGCAUCCCACAGCAGCAAGGAAUGCGACCUCCAAUGCCACCUCAUGGUCAGUAUGGUGGUCAUCAUCAAGGCAUGCCAGGUUACCUCCCUGGUGCUAUGCCACCUUAUGGACAGGGACCACCAAUGGUGCCCCCUUACCAAGGUGGGCCUCCUCGACCUCCAAUGGGAAUGAGACCUCCUGUUAUGUCGCAAGGUGGCCGUUACUGAUCUUACUUCACCAAGUCUAAUAGGUUUGGAGAUUAAACCUUUUCUCAACUUGUGCUGUUUAUAUAGACAAGCUUCCGUCUAUAAGGCUUCAUUGUGACUUUAACAGACAUUAUCUUUCCACAUACCAGGAACUAUUGGACAUUUAUUUGACAUGGGAGAAAUUAUUUGGAAUAAUAAAACAGGAAGUUUUCCUGAAGUUGCAAUUUAUACUGUAUGGCUUCUUUUUCAUGUUUCAUCUAGGUUUUUAGAAGUGAAGUAUAGUAAAUUUGGUUCGUUAAAUUGUGAAGGCGCUGGAAUUACAUGAACAUACCAUCUUAAAUAAAGGCAAGUUCUGUAAGCUUACAUUGCUAUUUGUAAAGUUAUGCCUUCACAGCAUUUCUAAUGCUGUUGGACUUCAUGUCCCCAACCUAGCUUGGUGAGGGCUGUAACUGUUUCCAAGUACUUGUACAUUGGAAGUCUGAAUGUGUAACAAUAUUUAAUGUAUUUAGAGAGUUCCUCGUGUUGCAGGGUUUAAGAAAUCUGGCCCAUUGAGGUCAUGUGACUUUUCUGUACUUCAAAACUUCAUUGUAAUAAAAUGAGAUAAAAAUUUAUGCCUUUUUAUUCAUAACCCAACUGUGGACCACUGACUGAAAGGUUUGUACAGAUGCAUGCCACAGUAGAUGUCCACAUAAUAAAAUUCGGUUACCAAUACAGAUUUGAUAAAUGAUUGGGUUCUUUAAAUAUAGGUUUUUUUCUUAGCUGCAUGUUUUAAUAGUAUAUAUAGAAUUGUUCUUGUUAAUGUUUCUGUUGACAAACUCUUAAGACACAUGAAUCAUUACAUAACGGGUAUGGAGUCUUUGUUUCCUUCUUUCACAUCCUUUGGUAUCAGAUGCCACAGAAAUUUAAAAUGUAAAAUUCAAAACUUCUUUAUAAGAAAGUUUAGAGCCUAGUGCCAGACCCGUUUGUUUUCUUUAAUUUUAAGACCCAUUUAUUUUCUUUAAUUAGUUUUACUUCAUGGACCUCAGAAGCUUUCCAGGUGGAAACUUCUAGAAGCUUAGCUGUAUGCGUAUGCGUCUUUGUUAAUGGUUUGAUAUGUGUUAAUUUAAAUGUGCCCCUAUUAAGGUGUUAGGAUGAUUUAAGAGAUGAUUAGCAAAUUUGUUUCAUGCUUCUUAGAGGUUAUGUUACCUGGGAUUGGAUAUGUGCCCUCUCUUAAAACCAGGCAGUUAAUCCUGACCCUUGGAAAUGUGGAAUAUUUGUAUUCCUAUAGGUAAUUUUACUUUGGGGGUGACUGCUAUUGCGGAUUUUGUGUUAUAAGUCUCAUACUAGUAGCUCAUAAUAAUUCUUUUGGCUUUUUCCUUUUACAUAUUUUUUUGAUUUUUACAGAGUAAUUAUCCAAAAAAAACGAAUAUAAGUUGAUUUGGUUUAUGCUGGAAAUGCUUAAGUUUUUAUUAAUUUCUAUGAAAGUAUUAGAUAAAUGUGACAACACCAAAAAUGGUGUUUAUUUCGUAAGAAUAUAUUGAAAAUAUUUGACUUAUUAAAGAAGAAAGUUAACAGGUAAAAGCCUAUGGAAUGCAUUGUGACAAAUAAUUGAAAGUUAAAUGCCAUUUUCAAGGUUGUAUUUCUGCACUGAUUUAUUUUAUGCCUCUGAUGUAGUUACUGUCAUGGUGCAAAAGUUACAGUUUGUAACGGAAAUGCCCAUAUAUUACUAGAGAUGCGUUAUUCCGCCAGCAGCCAAGUUACAUAUUCCUUUCCCUAAAUACCUGUCGACUAAAGCUUUAAAACCCCUUAAAUAUUUCUUAGGUCUGGCAGCACAUAUUUUAUACUGAAAAAGAAAGCCCUGUACUGAAAAUAUUGAGGUUUUAGCAGGGCUGUAGUAACACUAACCUUUAAUACCGGCACUUAGGAGACAGAGGCAGGUAGAUCUCUCUGUGAGAUCGAGGCCAGCCUGGUCUACAGAGCAAGUUCCAGGACAGGCUCCAAAGCUACAGAGAAACCAUGUUUUAAAAAACAAAAAGCGAAAUAGUAAGGUUUUUCAAAAAAGACGUUAAGUUUAGAUUAAAUAAGAAAUGCUUUCUUAAAAACCGUCUCAGAAGAAUUUCAUGUAUUGGAUUAUCAGAAAACUGAAGAGAAAACUUCAAAAAGGAUACAAGGUUUUGCUCUUGCAUUUUGUUCAAAUACAGCAGGGUUUAUUAUGGAGUCUACAAAUUAAUAAGUAAAACAUCCUAAUAAAAAUUCAAAUGUUAUGUGUAAUACGUAACAUUUAAUUACAUAUAAUCUCUCCUGUGUUUUGUAACUGUAUGGCGCAGGAGUGGUAUCCGUUCAGGCUGUUGUUGAAAUUUAAUUUUUAAGUACAUCAAGAAUAAGCUUCUAGAAAAUACAUUUUGCCUAAUUGUUUCUGGGGUCCAUAGUAGUGUUAAAUCACAAGCGUGACAAAUUUGAAACGAUUUACACUUUUUAAGUAAACAAUGUCAUUAAAAGUGAAUUUUAGCCUUUUCUCACAAAAGGGCUGCUUUUAGUUAUUUGGUAUGUUCCUGUGAACACUGGUUAGCUGUAAAAUCAAUGCACCUGUCAGCUUUGGCUCUAUCUUCCAUUCAUGGGAUCAUUUUAAAAAAGAAAACUGUCUGGCACUAGUUUCUAUUCUGUUUUGCCACUGAUAGUGAAAAGACUAACAGCUGAGGGCUCACUUUUCAGUGACUGCUGGAGUUACCACUUAAUUUGACUCAUUACUAUUGUAGCGAUCUCACACAAUUUGUUAGGGGGAGAGUACCUAUUUUACUGAUCAGGUUACAUAUUAAACUCAGUUUAAUGAAUUACUUACGGAAAUCUCCAAGAAAUAAGUUUGGACUCAGGAUGCAAUUGUAGACACAGAGAUGCCUUUUUUUUUUUUUUUUUUUUUGUUGCUUGCUUGAUCAUUGGGACUUAAAUUUUGAUGCAUGUCUUUUUAAUUAAUUGGGUGAUGU